GCGGUGGGAGUGGCCCCAGCACUCAAGCUGGGCCGGGUGCGGCGCACGUUCCCGGAGCGCCCCUGCGCGGAUCACAGGAGCCUUUUCUGCGGUGUCGCCUUGGAGCUGCAAAGAGCUAAGCUCCGACUGUCGCCGAGAUCCAGACCCGUCCGCGACCCAGGACCAGGCCGCCUCGGGGACUAGCAGCUAACUCGGCUCCCGCCCAGGGGCUGCUGGAACAUGUGCCGGGGGACGCAGUUUGUUUGACAGUUGCUAGACUAUGUUUUCACUUCUGAUCGUACUCAGCCAGCUGCCCAGACUUACCCUCGCAUUUCCUCAUUGUACAAGAAGUCUAAAGGAUUCCGAACAUGCCCCAGAAGAAGUCUUUGCAUCAAAAGAAGCAGCAAACAUCUUUAUGCACCGCCGCCUCCUGAACAAUAGGUUUGAUUUAGAACUCUUCACUCCUGGGGACCUGGAAAGAGAGUGCUAUGAGGAGUUCUGUAGUUAUGAAGAAGCCAGAGAGAUUUUGGGGGAUGACGAAAACACGAUCACAUUUUGGCAAACUUAUUCAAUUAAAGGACCAACCACAGGAUCAGAUGUUAACAAAGAGAAAAUUGAUGUUAUGAGCCUUCUGACUGGAUUAAUUGUGGCUGGAGUAUUCUUGGUUGUUUUUGGUUUGCUUGGCUACUAUCUCUGUAUCACCAAGUGUAACAGGCAGCCGUAUCCAAGCUCUUCAGCUGCCUAUACAAGAACGGCCAGACACACACCCUCCAUUGUUUUCAGAACCCCUGAGGAAGCUGUCUUGUCUCCAUCGACAUCUUCAGAGGAUACAGGACUACCUUCCUAUGAACAGGCAGUAGCACUGACCAGAAAGCACAGUGUCUCACCACCACCUCCCUAUCCUGGGCCUGCAAGAGGAUUUAGGGUAUUUAAAAAGUCUAUGUCACUCCCGUCUCACUAAGCCUAUCUAGCUGCCUUGCUGGAAGACAUUCAUUCAUGUGGUUGAAUAAUUUGUUCUCCCUGGGGGAAAAAAAGAAAAAGAUUUGCUUGUUCAGCUUUUUAUGACACAUCGCAAGGAAUAAAGAAACGAUACAUACAGCACAGACUUCACCACAGCUCUGCUUUCAUCUUGAACCCGGACUGGAUCGCUAUCGUCUUGGUAAGAAACUUCAACUCCAUACCAUGAAGUUAAGAAGAAAGCGCCUUUUGCCAUGUAUACUGUACUGGUUCAACAAUCUUUGCUGUAGCUGGAUAAUGUGGUGUGUGCCUACAAACACUCAGGAGGCUUAGAGGGAAGGGAUGGGAGUUCAAGACCAGCCUGGGCUCUGUCAAGACCCUGUCAGAAAACACAGUUUGUUAUUAGUAGAAUAAUUAAAAGUAGCCAACCGGGAACUGUCAGUCUUAGAUCAUGAGAUUGGAUCUUCCUUAGGAUUUCUUUUCGGCUGAAAAUACUUCAUAGAAUUUGAUGUUUUUGCUGUGUAAAUUUGUGGCCUUGAUAUAAUCAGUUGGUUUUCUGUUCUAAUUAGUGUAGAGCAUUCAUCAAAGUUGCAGGUGUUAGUUUUUCACUCACUAUCAAUCACAGUUCAAUGGUGUCAAGAGUUCUUGUUUGUUUAUUUUUGUUUUUUAAAAAUUGCUAUUCAUGGACUAAGGGGAUGCCUCACUUGGAAAGUGCUCAUCAUACAAACAUGAGGGACCUGAGUUCAAUCCUCAAUACCCAUGUUUGAAACAAACAAACAAACAAACAAGAAACAAAACAAGCAAGCAAGCAAACAAGCAAACAAACCAAACAGAUUUGAGUGCUUGGGUGCACACCUAUAAUCUCAGCACUGUAGGAGGAUUCAAGAGGACCCCUGAGCUCGGUGGCUAGCCACAGGAGCUGAAUCAGGAACCUCUAAAUUCAGUCUCAAAAUUUAAGGUAGAGCCAGUGAGGUGGGUGAAUGCCUUUAAUCCUGGCACUGGAGAGGCAGAGAUCUCUGUGAGUUCGAAGCCACCUUGGUCUACAGAGCUAGUUCCAGGACAGACAGAGCUACACAAAGAAGCCCUGUCUAAAAUACCAUUUAAAAAAAAAAAUUGAAGUGGAAAGCAAUUGAAGAAGAUCCCAAUAUCAACUUCUGGCCUUGACAUGCACAAGCUUGCAUACAAUAUUGAGCUAGAAGUUUACUAAUAGAAUAUUUGCUUCACACGCAUGAGGCCCCGAGUUUGAGGUCCCCAGCAGUAUUAACUAAAGUCACCUUUACAUCUUAUGUGCAUCAGUGGGUUUUUUUUGUUGUCGAUCUGUUUGUUUAUUGCGGUGCGUGUGUAUGUAUGUGUGUGUGUGUGUGUGUGUGUGUGUGUGUGUGUGUGUGCAUGCAUGCUGGAGAUUGAACCAAAGCAUCAUAUAUGCUUAGCACAUGCUGCACAAUUAAGCUAAAUUCUCAGUCUCCCUUGUUUCUCCUAGUAUAUCUUAGCACACAGAAAACACAUCAUAGUCUUAACAGAUACUUGUCAUAAUCACAUAAAUGACCAGUUCUUCCUUAAUGUAGAAGAAGAGCUCAGUGGAAAAGUCAUGCCUGAGCAAGAACCUGGGUUAGA